CAGCAUUCCUCUUACACAUUUGAAAAGUUGAAAAACUUACGCAUGUCACUGUUACUGUAAAAGUGUAUUUACAGAGCAGAAAAGAGUCAAACUUUACUGAGACAAUCACAUUGAAGGAUGACUGUUAGUGUGCCCUUCAACGCAAAUCCAAAAAGCAAAUGGCCCACAUUGUGUCAAAUCCUGGGUAAUCUGUGCCUCAGUCCAGCGGGUUCAAUACCUCAGGAUGUCAAAGGUGCAAUGUUGGACCUCUUAACAGCACUAGGGAUUUUGCAGAUUAUAGUGGGUAUCCUCAACAUCGCAAUCGGGAUUUUGUUUGCAUACUGGGGGAUACAUGAUUACAUUAUGACGUUUAAUGGUCCCUUUUGGCUUGGUGCUGUGUUCCUCAUAUCUGGAAUUAUGACUCUUCUUGUAGGCUGCUGUAGUAGUAUUGUUUUGGAUAUUUUAUCUUUGAUCCUAAACCAAGUCAGUGCUUUUGUGGGUUUUAUGGGUGUUGCAUUGUAUUCAUGGGAUUUGGUGAGCGCAAGCUUUUAUUCAGCAACACUCAUCCAAGAACAGAUGAAGGGAGCUGAUGCCUUUCUGUACUUUGAGGAUUCAAAUAUGAUGUUUCGAAGGACGCUAGAUGUCAUGAUGAUAGCUUUGGCUGUUCUUCAGCUCUGCCUAAACGUCUAUUUUAUUGUCAUAUUAGUGAGAGUAUUUGUCGAGAAGAAUUCUGCAGAAGAACCUCAACUUCACAAACUGCUCCAAGAAGACACCACUGCUGAUCCUGCAUGAGAGACACAAGCAUAAAAAGAUCAUUUUAUUUAAAUCAGUUUCUCUUUUGUAUUAGCAAAACUGAAACGCUAUCAUUAUUCAUGUCUAUCUCUGUUGAUUUUUUUCUCCUAAAUUUAUUACUCAUGAUAAGGAUAUGUCUUAUUUGUGUUCUGUGGUUGACCAUCACAGUGACAUCCUUUAGGGUCCAAAGGAGAUGAAAAUAUCACGAAGCCAAUGUUCCUAUUUGGAAAAAACUAAUAUCUGUAUUUAUUAAGUACUGUAUGUAUUAUUUUUACUUGCUGUCACAGUCAAUGAUGUCACUUUCUUUAUGAAUUUAAUAGUGAAUAAAUGUUAUGGUAAAUGAAAGCAAGAAUAACCUACUGGUUUGAGA